AUGCAACCCAACUGUAAUAGAAACAGCACGUUUUUGUGUAUUUUUGCAGGAUUAAUGGCAGGUUUUUAUGCGAAUUAAAGCAAUUUGUUACAGAGAGUACCACUAAAAAUGGGCCGCAAAAGCAAUAAUAAAGGUAAAGAAAGAAGAGAAGAAAAGCGUUUGGCCCAAAAAGAACAUCAAGCUAAAUUAGCACGAUCUUUAGAAGCUAUACAAAAAGCAAAUCAAUUAGAAGAUCCCAUGGAACCUUUUCCAGCUUUUAGAAAGUUUCAAAAAAACGGGAUUGAUGCCGAACUUUAUGUUAAAAGAGUUAUUCAUUUGGACGAAGCUAUAAAAGAGUGGAUUUUUGAUUUGGAAAAGCGAAAUAUGAAGCAAAAAUAUGAUGAUUGCUCGUGGGGUUGGCGAGAUUGGAAGAAAAAGGACGAAUUAAUGCAUGAUUCCGCUUGGUAUUUAAUUGCACAAACUAUAGAUGGGGUUAAGAUCGGAUUUUCACAUUUUCGUUUUGAUUUAGAAUCGGAAAUUGAAGUUCUUUAUUGUUAUGAAUUGCAAAUUGAACCUGAAUAUGUUGGAAAAGGUUUAGGGAAGUUUAUGAUGCAAAUAUUAGAAUUGAUAGCUUUUACAAAUAAUAUGCGUAAAGUUGUUUUAACAAUUCUUAAAAACAAUCCUUGUAGCAACUUUUUUAAGCACAUAAAAUAUCAAAUAGAUGAACCAUCACUUUGCCAUAAAGAUGAAGCUUCUCAUCCCUAUGAGAUUCUUAGUAAAGUUAAUAAAAAGCUGAUUUCAACUGAGGAGAUGGAGGCACAUCACGGCCAUGGACACUCUCACAAUCAAUCUCAUUGUUGUCCUGGACAUCACUAAUUAUAAUAAAUUGGCAUUUUCUUAUUUUUUCUGAUAUCUUACAAGUAUUAAGUCCAUACAUUUUUUUAAUUUAAUAAGUACGCUUUAAUUUUU